CACUUGGCAUGAUUAACUUAUUAUUAUUUAAUUUGAAUAGACUGACAUUCACGCCUUGACUUUUCCAUAAAGACCUGCCAUUUCAGAUAGCCGACCAAAACGAACCCAGUACACUAUGGAACUAGAUGCCUGAUAAAGGGUCUCCGCUUGAAACACUGACUAUACUUUAUUUUCCACAGAUGCUGAUUUCCUCCACAGCAUUUUGUGUGCAUUGCCUGUGCAUGUCCGCCUCUAGUGCAGCAAGUAAAGCCAACUUACUGUCUGCAGAGGAAAUUACUAUAGACUUGCUAAAUAGAGAGGGAAGGUGGAUACAGCUUCAUACGUGGCAUUCCAGUAACCGGGAAUGUCCCUUUUCCAGCCACGCACUUUAAAACUGACGAACAAUGCGAUGCCACAUAUGAUUUCUUGGAUCUGUUUGUACGCCAAUAAACUCACCAGUUAGUCCAUCUGUGGGUUUAUCUUCCAAGUGCCAACCAAGCAAAUAUAUCUUGAGCUGAGACCAAAAUCAAUUCAUAGGCCAGUUUAUUUUUUUGUAGCAAAACGCACAGAUUUAAUGCAAUCCAGACAACAGCAUUCCACGGGCACAGGCGCAACAGCAUUCCACGGGCACAGGCGCAACAGCAUUCCACGGGCACAGGUGCAACAGCAUUCCACGGGCACAGGCGCAACAGCAUUCCACGGGCACAGGCGCAACAGCAUUCCACGGGCACAGGCGCAACAGCAUUCCACGGGCACAGGCACAACAGCAUUCCACGGGCACAACAGUACUCCAGGGGCACGGGCACAACAGUACUCCAGGGGCAUGGGCACAACAGUACUCCAGGGGCACGGGCACAACAGCAUUCCACGGGCACAACAGUACUCCAGGGGCAUGGGCACAACAGUACUCCAGGGGCAUGGGCACAACAGCAUUCCACGGGCAUGGGCACAACAGCAUUCCACGGGCACGGGCACAACAGUACUCCAGGGGCACGGGCACAAUAGUACCCAGGGGCACGGGCACAACAGUACUCCAGGGGCACGGGCACAACAGUACUCCAGGGGCACGGGCACAAUAGUACCCAGGGGCACGGGCACAACAGUACUCCACGGGCACGGGCACAACAGCAUUCCAUGGGCACGGGCACAACAGCAUUCCACGGGCACGGGCACAACAGCAUUCCACGGGCACGGGCACAACAGCAUUCCACGGGCACGGGCACAACAGCAUUCCAAGGGCACGGGCACAACAGUACUCCACGGGCACGGGCACAACAGUACUCCACGGGCACGGGCACAACAGUACUCCAGGGGCACGGGCACAACAGUACUCCAGGGGCACGGGCACACCAGUACUCCAGGGGCACGGGCACACCAGUACUCCAGGGGCACGGGCACAGCAGCAUUCCACGGGCAUGGGCACAACAGUACUCCAGGGGCAUGGGCACAACAGCAUUACUCAGAUACCCCACACCCAUGCUCAUCGCUGCUUAAGGCAACGUUAUGUUGACUGGCCAUUUCAAAAUCCCCAGAAAAACAUUUAUAGCUUUCUCUUCAACCAAGCCCAGUUUGCAUAGUCUCUCUCUCUGCCCGCAUUCCAGGUUUACUUUCUCGUCUGAACCGCCAUACAGGUUAGAAAGGAUGGCUUCCAAUAACAACAGAUCUGACAGUUUCAAGAAGGGGAAAAAAUGUCUUUCAGUGUUCCCAUUCUCGAUCUGUUCAGCUUCCAGGAAGCCAAGGAUGUAUGAUGUAAUUUACUGUCCCACGUGUGGGGAAUCCUGAAUGUACCAGUGUGGCGCCACGCUUGGAGCUCAUAAAAAAUCACCACCUCUUAUGAGCUAGGCAGGAAAGGAAAAUUUAGUAAGGAGUCCUGAACCUCAAUGUUGCGAGUUAUUACUUUUCUUUAAGUGUUUAGCAAUAUGUCCAACCAGUGUCCGAACACAGUAACAUACAGACUGACAGCAUCGCCCUUCCACGUGAACGAGGUGCCCCUGUGAUGUUGUGAUCUGUCAACAAGCUGUGCACAUGUGCAUUUUACCCAAGUUCAGACCAGGCACCCAGAGCACGACCAUUUCCUCUGCAUGGGCACAGCUCUGUCCAAGAGCAAAAUGAACUUUGAAUAAUUAGUUGUUUAAGAUGCAGUCACCACCACCGACAGCAGCGCGCCGUGCCGGUCGUGCAGAUCUAGCAAAUUCCCCAAACUUGACCGGUGACACAGGCGCUCUUUCCCUCUCCAGCAACACAUCGGGCUCGACCGGGCAGUUCAAUCAAAUUAUUACAAGAGCUGUACAGGGAGACUUCGUUCUCCCGGGCCAGCCGCUCCCCCUCGUCCGGGCGGCACGGAAGUGAAGUUCGCAGCGCGCACAUGCCCUCGGUCAGGGAGCACACGAGUUCCCUUCAAGAGUUCCAGGAUGUCCCAAUAACCUCAAGCCCGACAACAAUACCUGUCAAAUAAUGUUAACAGCGGAGGGUUUAAACCGCGCAGUGCUUAUGAUCGGGGAGAUGACGCACUCUAUACACAUUGACCUUUGUUGAGAUGCAGCGUAUUACUCCACAUUUGUGCUUUACUCUUCGUUCGGCUUGACCUAUUUGUGUGAACAGGCGUUCAGCGUCAUGAACAUCAACAAAGCCAGCCACAGAUCCAAGUUAACUGACCAACACCUCAGAUCCAUCCUGAGAAUCGCCACAACAAAACUAAAUCCAGACUUUGAUGCGCUGGCUAAAAAGGGAGACCAACAACACUGU